AUGUCGUCUUCGCCGCGAAACUAUCUUGUCUGGGGCGCCAACGGCGUUUCCGGUAUCGCAGCGCUUCGAGCCCUUGUCGAGCAGCCCAAGGCCGUGGUGGGCUCGAUUCUGGCGGUCUCGCGUCGUCCGCCCCAGGUCGACCUCAAAGACCCGCGCAUCAAGUUUUUCUCGAUCGACAUUCUGAACGCCUCUGUCGAUGAGAUUACCGACAAGCUCAAGGCGAACGGUGGCGACAAGGUCAACGCUGCCCUGCACUACACGUACAUCGAGAAGAAGGAUGCUCAGGAGCUGCUGGAUGUCAACCACGUGCUGCUGAGCAAGGCGCUCGAUGCCACCUAUGCGGCGGCUGGUAGCGAGCUCAAGCACUUCCAUCUCCAGACGGGCUACAAGUGGUAUUCGCUCCAUCUGGCCAACAAGGACAUCGCCUCGCCCGUGCCGUACCGCGAAGAUGCGCCGCGUGGACCCACGGACCCGCCCAACUUCUACUACGACCAGGUGGACACCCUCGUGGCGCACGCCAAGAAGCACGGCUAUGCCUGGUCCGAGACACGACCCAAUACGAUCAUUGGCGCGGCCAAGGGCAACUUUAUGAACCAGGCCGUUUCGACCAGCCUCUACCUCACACUCGAAAAAGCCAAGGGCAAGACCGAGGUGCAGUACCCGGGCAACAACCUCAACUGGGACCAGAUCUUUGUCUCGCAGAGCACCGCGAUCAACAACGCGCGUUUCCAGGUGUUCCUCACCGACCCGGCCAACGCGGGCAAGUGCGAGAAUGAAUCGUUCAACAUCGAGGAUGGCGACGAGCGAACGCUGGGCCAGAUCUGGCAAGACCUGGGCAACGAGUUGGAACUCAAGAUCCUCCCGCCCACCGCCUCGGGCAAAGCCGAGUACAACGACAAGCCGCCUAAGCUGAGCCUCAGCCUGGACGAGUGGAGCAAGCGUCCCGAGAACAUCGAGGCGUGGAAGAAGCUGACGAGCGAGAAGGGGGGCGAUCCCAAGGCCUUUGCCGACCAUUCGACUUUUGGCUUUGCCGACUUCACGCUGGGUGCGACGUUUGACCAGAAGGGUAGUCUGGACAAGGCUAGGAAGGCUGGAUGGGAUGUGGUCUGCGACACGGUCAAGGAAGGAUACCUGGAGACCUACCGCUACCUCCAGCAGAUUGGCACGCUUCCCCAGAUCUGA